AUGAGCUGGAGUGACAUGUCGUUGGACGACUAUGGGGGCACUAAGGUUCUGCUGCAGCGCUUGGCUGCUUCUCCAUGGGUGCGCCAGAGCAUCCCCAACGCCUCGGCGGUUUGCAACCAGUACUUCAGCUUUGCUCGCAAGGCUCACGAGCCUAUGACCCAGUUCCUGGUGCGAGAAGCGCUUGGUUUUUCUGAGUUUGUUGAGGCCUUGGUACGCCUGGCUGAGGAGAAGCGUGGCAUCCGACAACAAAACAAAAACUUUGGCCUUCCUGCUGAGGAGGCUGACUAUGAGCAGGACUAUGACUCCGGCUGGGAUGCAUGGUGGGAUGGCUGGGCUGAGUGGCCGCAGGACGAUGCGAACGUUCAUGACCCCGACAAUGGUGACUUUGACCCCAACUUGGCUCAACCCACUACGACACUGCCGGCGUCUACGUCGCGAGCGGAGAGUCGGCUGGUGCGCAGCCCUCCAUGGCUGGCGAUGAGCUCAACGAGCUUAGCUUUGCAGACUGACUCCUUCGUGCUUGGAGUCCUACGAGGAUUUCGCCUACUUCAAGCCGCAGGUUUGAGUGCUGAUGGACGCCGAGACAUUUUGUCGGCGACUCAUGGAUCCCUCGACUUCGAUGAGGUGAGCCGGGCGUGGUCUUCAUGGGAUUGGGCUGAUGCCUACAACGUGGAGGCCUACAGCGACAAGAACACCACCCAGGAGGAGAAUGAUGAGGAUCUGAGAGCUGCUCAAAUGCACGUGGCUGGAAGCCCAACGCCCUAUUCGAUUUCCCAGACCACUCUUGCCAUGUCCCGGAGCAAGGGCAGCCAGCUGACCGAAGAGCAGGGGAACCAGAUCUGGGACAUCAAGACGGCCGCCGCGGACUUCAGGGAGAAGAUCACCGGCAGCCGCGAGAAGGAGCCACCUCGGCCCUUCCAUCCACCUCGAGGAGUCGGACCCGAUCCACGAGAUCCUCGGAUGAACCCGGAGCAAUGGCCGUGCUACGGGGAACAUCAUCUGGGCUCAGUUCGAGCGAACCCCCACGGUCAAUGGCAACACUGCCAAGUGUGCAACAUCCGCUGGAUGUACAUCGUCCACGCCGUGCAGAAGAAGGUGGAUGCGGACAUUGUCCUGGAGGACCUUGUGCGCCGCCAGAUCUCCAAGAUUCAAGGGGAGCGCAACAUGCCGGAGCAAACGGGCAAGGCCGUGGCGAAGAGCGCCGGGCCUACGAGGAGGAUGCAUGACCUCAUCGACCUCUUCCACUAUGCCCUUGAAGAGCUCUAUGGCCGCGAAGCUGCUUCUGAUGGUUACAACGCUGUUGAGCUCUAUGGCAUCAACGACUAUGGACUUCAACGCCAAGAACUGCUGGCUACCUACCGCCGUCGGCAAGCUGCUCACUUCAUUGAAGACACCCUCAACGAGGAUCCCGAGACCGACAUCUACUGGGAAUGGCCGUGGGUUUGUGAAGGAUGGAACCAGCGACCUCUUGAGUACAUUGCUCAUCUCCUUCAAGCUCGCGGUCGUGAAUGGCUUCCCUGUCGCGUUGAUGGGUGCAACUACGGUCUUCGCGCUGAUGAUGGUGCUGGCGACUUCCUCCGGAAGCGAUGGAUGAUCCGGACAACCAGCUCCUUCUUUCACCAGCGCUUCAAAGCCAAAGUAUGCCCUGGCAGUCAUCGACAUGCCUGGAUUCAAGGAGCCGAGACAUCGAAGAGCUCCUACUACCCUUGGCGCAUGGUCAAAUCGAUGGCCCUGGCAUGGCGUCAAGAGUAUGUCUCCAACCGCAACAUGCAGCUCAUCUUUGCCAAGGAGGACAAGCCCUACAUGAUACCAAUUGAGGAUGAGAUCAGCAUGGAGCGCACUGCACUUCAAGCAAUCAACAGGCACAUCAUCGGGCCAAGUCCCACCUGCUGUCAUGCUCUACCACGUGCCUGGGAAUGCAUUGGUUUGGACACCUCCGAAUGGCCGGUCCCUGGUCUGCGGAAGAAGGCCAGUUUUUUGUUGAUCAUCGAUCUGGCCACGAAGCUUCGUGUUGUGGUGCUCCUCAAGCUCUACCCAGAGUUGGCUAUGCAACCCGAGGCAACCGAUGAGAUCGUUCAAGCGCUUGUUCAAGGCUGGCUUGGCCAUUAUCCUCGACCAAAACUGGUGGUGGCCGACAAUGCAAAGAGUUUCAUUUCCUCGAAGGACUUCCUCCAGUCCGAGAACAUUCAAGUUCACUAUCCUCCUGAGAAGGAACCGUGGAGCCAUGGCAUUGUGGAGGCCGCCGUUGCUGACAUCAAACACAUGGCAACCGCCAUCCAUCAGGAGAACCUGAACAACAGCCCCGAGAUGACUCUCACGCUAGCCGCCUCAGCGGACAAGAGAAGGGCGAGAGGAGGACAAGGGCUCGCCCGGGCAGGACAACAGCAGGACAAAGAGAAUGACAAGGAGGUGCCCUGUGAGCUGCGUGUCGACCAUCUCCGCAAUGUCUCGCUGACUUGGCGGGCGCCCGCUUGGUGGGGCGGUCAAGUCAAAGUUCCUGUGUAUGGUGUACGGUUUACGGAAUGGGCUGCGCUCGCCGUGACUCAAAUCCAAGGUGGCGUGGAAUAG